UAUGUGCUGAAAAACUAUGAACAACACGUCUUUAAGUUAGAUGAGGUCAGGCUGCUAUCUCACGAUAACAAGCAGAAAAGGAGAAGUAGGAGAGAAAGAGUCCGUUAAGAGCAGAGUCUGAGAUCACUGUGCAGAGAAGAGGGCACGAGAGCAAGGCAGAAAAAGAUCAGGAUGUUUGUUCUCAUCUGGGCGACUCUGCUUUUCUUUGCUAGAGGCAGCAAUGCUGACACUGAUGCAUCAGUGGGGUUGACAACACGCUGUGACUAUGGAUUCUGUAUGACUCUUAGUGAAGCAGAAAUAACAGCAGAGGCUGGACUCUGUGUUGUAAUACCAUGUUCUUUCAGUAGUACUUCAGGCUUUACACCCCAACACUUAGUUUGGUACAAAUGUGAACCAUUGGAAUCAAGAUGUAGAGAUUCUGACAUUGUAUUCCACACCAACAAGAACAACAACAUUCAGUCCAGGUUUAUGGGACGGAUUUCACUGUUGGAGCCUAUAGUGAGUCAGAACUGCAGCAUCAUCAUCAACGACCUCACUGUGUCAGACUCUGGAUCAUAUCGACUCAGAGUUAAAGGUGUUCUGGAUGGGAACACAGAUGGAUAUACAUUCUUUUCAAAAGCAGCUGUCUCUGUUAAAGGUCUGAUCCAGAAGCCCACAGUGGUGAUUCCUCCUCUGGCAGAGGGACAGCAGACCACACUGAGCUGCACUGCUCCUGGUCUCUGUUCUGGAUCUGAUCCCAAAAUCACCUGGACGUGGAGAGGAGCAGGAGAGAAGGACUCUCACAUCACAGGAAACCUCACUGCUUUCAAGACUGAACACCUGACUGCUGUCACACAGAGACUCAGCUCAACUCUGAUUAACUCUUCAGCUGAACACCACGGCACCAACAUUACCUGUAAGGUCAGCUUCACAAACAACAUCACUGCAGAAGAGACAUUGACUCUGAAUAUGACCUUAAUUCAACAUGGACCAAGUGCAGUGAAUCCCUGGGGCGUCAUCGCUGUUGUAUCUCUCAUUGUAAAUGUCAUCGCCAUAAUCCUCUUGAUGCUCCUUUGGCACACAAGAAGAAAGGUGAAACCCAACCCAGAGGACAAAACUUACAUGUCACUGCAGAAAACAGACAUGGCACCAGUGUAUGACGUUAUUGCCCAACCUCAGAACUAACAAGUGUCAGCUUCCACUGAGUUUAGUACUCUGAUUGAUUUGUUUAUCAUAUUUUUAUGUUUAAGAUUCUAUAAGUAAGACAUUUUCUGGUUAUUUUUUAUUUUAUUUAACUGUAUUAUUAUUUUUUAUAGUUUACAUUUCAUGUUAUUAUUUCAGUAUACUCACAGUCUAUUGUAGCUGGGAUUUAAAUGC